UUACAGAUUGAUGUAGUUGGGUUAUAUCUAAUUAUGCUGGUACAAAUGAUCACUUCUGGACUUCAGAUAAUAUACACAACGGAUGAAGUGAACUUUGUACAGAACCUGGUAUUCUAUGUAGAGAGAGCGUACAGAACACCAGAUUAUGGUAUGUGGGAGAGAGGUAGCAAGUAUAAUAAUGGAAGCACAGAGGUUCAUGCCAGUUCAAUAGGUAUCGCAAAGGCAGCGUUAGAGGCGAUUAAUGGCGUCAAUUUGUUUGGCGACCAGGGGGCAUCAUGGUCCGUGAUAUUCGUUGAUAUUGAUGCUCAUAACAGGAAUAGAACCAUAUUUGAGUCAAUUUUGCCGAGAGAAUCCAAUUCUAAGAACACAGACGCAUCAUUAUUGCCAACAGUUGGUUGGCCUGCAUGUAUCCAUGAAGAACCAAUUAGGUCAAGGACAAUUGACAAGGUCAAACGUAAAACUGAGAGGGCCAAGGGGCUUCAAAGAGGUUUCAUCAGAGAUGGUUUUAAAAGACUGUUGUAGAAGAUUCACAAGAGAAAGUAAACUAUAAAACCCAGCAGAAUUAAAAAUUUUGAUGGUAUUGAAUGUGAAUGGCCCAUGUUUUAUGUAUACAUGCUGAUUGACAGUAUAUUCCUUGGCAAUAAAGAGGGCAUUUUAACAUACUCGAAGCUACUGGACAAUGUUUUGACAAGGUCGAAUGAAGGGUUACUUCUCCCCCAGUAUUUCUACAUCCCUGCAGAUCAGAUUGAGCGGGAGAGAGCACGCCCCGGCUCUGCCGACAGAAUACCAAGUGAUGUGGGCUCUACUAAAGGCAUAUUUCUAUGGGGACAAUCUGUGUAUUUUAUAUCACAACUUUUAGUGAAAGAUUUACUCAAUGUUAAUGACCUUGACCCAAUUAGACGACACCUUCCAGCAUCAGAGAGGCCAAAGGUCAACAGUAGAUACUCUUCAUUUCAGAUCACUCCACCGGACCUUGUGUUACAAGUUGUACUUAUAGCGGAGAGCUCACGGCUCCAGCAGUUGUUGGCUACAUAUGGUAUACAGACUCAAACUCCUCACCAGGUUGAGCCUAUACAGAUUUGGUCACCUAAGGAACUAUCAAGAGCCUAUGAAUAUCUUGGUAUCAACAAGAAACUUGGACUUACCGGAAGACCUAAAAGACCUUUUGGUGUACUCAGUACCUCAAAGAUAUAUAGAGUAUGUGGUGCUACAGUAUUGUGUUACCCUCUACUGUUUGAAGUGGUAGAUUUCUACAUGGCUCAAGACAUCAGUAUUGUCAUUGAUGACCUAAAGAAUGAUCUUGCAUUUUUAUCAAAAUGUUGGAAACUUGCUGGGCGACCAACAUUCUGUAUGUUGAUCAGAGAGAAUAAUAUCAGAGGGAAAAACUUUAGUGAGUUUCUGGAACUUCUUGCACAGUUUAAGAGUGGAGAUGUGGAUGGUAUCCGUGUCAGGGUUGGCAGAUUACAGACGUUGAUAUCAUCAGCUUGUAUAGAACAUUUGGAUUUCCUGACCACCCUGCCAGAUCAGUCAAUCUUCCAGCCCUUCCAGGAGGCUAACCAUGGACGAUUCAGCUUCAAAAGUCUGACUGACAUACCGGCGGUGAUGGAGCUAGCUGAAGAUACUGUCCUCAAUGAACAGGAACUGAAGGUAAAGGCAACAUGGGAUCUAAUACAGAUGUUUAAAGCUACCGAGUCCCUGACAGCUCAAAACCAGAUUCUGAAAUUGCUUCUCCACAGAGAAGGUCCAAAUUAUCAUUUUGAGGGCGUGCCAAUCAGUAGGAGGCUGGAACAACUUGUUGAAAGGGCAGGGCUACAUAAAAGAUGGGAGGUUGUACGAUGUUGCUCUGCCCUACUUGGAAAACUUGUUGACAGCUUGGCACCGUCUAUAACCAGUAUUCUAGUCAGAGGAAAACAUUUGACAGUGGGCGUGUUUGGUCAUGAAGAGGAGGUGCUAGACAAACCGGUCAGCCCUAAUGAGAUAAAGAGUAUUCUAUACAGUAAAUGCAUGCCGUAUGACACUUGCCAAGCUGUACUGCAACAAGAACUUAUUCUCGCUAUUGGGAAACACAUUGCAACAACACCAGAUGCAUAUGAUGGAAUUCUGAAAAUAAGAAUAGGUUGGUUUGUUCGUGCCAUGGAGAUGGAGUUAGAGCAAGAGGAUGAGCACGUGAAAAUUGAGUCUCUGUCGCCAUAUCAGGUGAAACAGUUACUGCUCAGUAUUCUUGUGCAUAGAUCUGAUGAGUACGAUCUGAGGACACCGAUACAACGACGACAACUUGAUGGCGCUCUAAGCAGAGUGCCGAAAGAUUUCUACGAACGAGUGUGGGAGAUUCUAGAAAGAACACCCGGAGGAAUUAAAGUGGCUGGUUACUUGUUACCACAGCAACCCACGUUGUCAGAUAUGACCAUGCAGGAGUUGAAUUUUUCACUUCUUGUCGAGCAAAUGUUGAGUAAGAUAGUAGAUCCAGCAUAUAGACAGUUGAUGGUUGAAGCAUUUAUGGUUGUUUCCACGAUCCUGAGACGAAACCCAGAACUUGUGUUCCACCAGUCAGUGAAUAUGGACAGGGCAAUCCAAGAUGCAUUUGAAGAGUUUCAGAAGGACAGGAGUAGACUUGAAGGUCAUGAAAAACAAGAUGACAUGAGAUGCUUUUUUAACACCAUGCCAAAUAUUAAACACGGUACAACAAGCUAUAUAAUAAAAGCUGUUGUAAAGAACUUGCUCGACGGAGACAUUAAAGUAUCAGUGGAUGAAAUGUGCACCAUUUCCUGAGGAUAGCUUACAAGUAUAAGAAUAGUUGAUCAGUUCUGUUUUUGAUCGGAAAUUGCCAUUUUCCUAACACUUGUUUUGCAAAAACUUCUCCCACAAGUUUUGUUUAUUAUUUCCCUAACUGUGCUCCAGUGCUGUGACGCUAUUGCCAGUUUUUAUCCUGUUCUGAGCAAAGCUUACCCUACAUUUUGCGUUAUAAAGCUUGGAUAUUUACAGUUCUGUGUUCCAAUUGUACCAAGAAAUUGGCAUUUUUCCAAAACCGUUCAAAGACAGUGGAUAAGUUUUCUCCCGAAUAUUCGAUAUUUACUAAGGUGUGCGCCUUUGACGUUUAUGUGAUUGCCAUUCUUUCUGAGAGGAAUAUGUAAGGACUUAUCCAACACGUCUCUGAAAGUAGUGCUGACAUGUACACAUUUAUAAUAUAUGCAAGAUUUGAAAGACAUGAUAUUGAGAACCAAUAUAGCAUACAUUUGUAUUUUUUAAUUGGAAAAAAAAAUAUAUUGAAAUAUAAAUAAAAAUGUGUAUCCAAAGUAUAUAGUUUAAAAUUAUAUUUAUUGACAGAAAAAGAUAUACGUGAGUACUCAGUAAUUAAUAAAACAGGUUUAAAUAUUUCCAUACAAAGCCAUGAAUGGCGUACGACAAUAUUGAGGGAAUGAGGGGGAAUUUUUUUUAUCUUAAUUUAUAUUUAUAGUAUAUGUCAUAUGUACACUAUGUAUUUGAAAAAUUGGAAGUACACAAUGUAUUUGAAAAGUACAUUGUAUCUCAUUAUCUGUGAUUGUUUAUCUUUUUCUCAUUGACAGGUAUAUAAAAGAAACUGUAUUUCCUUUGUCAUUUCGAAAGUGUUAUCAGUUUAAUAGCUUUACUGUAUCCCAUGGAAUGUUCGUAAUGAACUAGUCUUGUUUUGAACUUAGAACUUUCCAUUGUUAAUAAAAAUUUAGUCCAUUUAUUUAAGUAAAAAACAAAAUCUGCUACGUGGAGAUAUGUAGCUAUUAUGAAACAAAAUGGCAAGUCUGUAACUUGAGAUUUGCAAGCCCUAGCUUGUAUGAGCAUAGAAUACAACAUAACCUUCAUUGCAAAUGACCCUCAGAACAAUAUUGUGGUAAUACAUGCCAUCAUUACAAUGGUUACCUAUACAUGCAUUUAUAAAAGAAGUCAAAUAAUGGAAUAAAUAUGUCUGAGAGAGGAAUCAUUCAAGAGAAAUUUAUAAGGAAGACAGAUGUCAAAAUUUCCUUAAUUUAUUAGUAUUUUCAUUCUCGGCUACUUUUCUUGAUGAGGCCGGAUUUUCUUUUUAUCAUUUGAAGAUGUAAUUAAAUAAAUAUGGUUUUAAAUUCUUUUGUUGUGAAUCAUUGUUUUUUGUUCUCUAACCGUGCUCCUCAUGUAUUCGAUUUGCAUUUUGAACUUUUCUUGCUUUGAGUUUGGAAAUAAUGUAAUGUAUUUAGAAAGCAACAAAAUGCAAAGCCACCAUGAUUAGAAUGCACAAAUUUGCUGACCUUCUCUGAUCAGCAUCAUAAGUAUUAUAUUUCAUUUUAGAUAUAGAUUUAAUAGCUACUUUCUAUCAUUUAAGAUUUAUUUUAUUAAAUAAUUAUUUAAAGCAUACAAAAAAGUAAGAUGUUACUCUGUUAUAUUACCGAUGAUAUUUAAACGGCCGCCAAUUUUGGUCACAUGAUACACCUGUCACCAUGUAGAUUGUAGUGAUGACGUCAUUGGCGCGAAGGCUGAUCAUAGUAACUGCCUCUAUUCAAAGGGUUAUAUUCCAGUUUGUCCAAAUACAGUUCCUGUUAACCAUCGAAAUUUAUUUGUCCUUGUAGAAUGUAAACUUAAGUUUUUGUUAAUAAAAUGUACGAUACCAAAGC